AUGUCUUCAUCGUCUUCGACAACAGACAGCAAGCGCUGGACAGCUUUUCAUUCGGCCCUGCAGUGCUUCUCAGUAUGGUGCAGCGAGGAUCCAGAGGGCGCGCAGGCAGUGUUCAACGCCGUCUCACGGCAUAUGGGGUCCCAAGUCACCACUAGCUGCGAAACCCUCUUCUCUGAGCAGCACGCGCGCGAGGGCGUCAACAUCCUCCAUGUCGUCGUCACCGAAGCCCAUGUACGCAAGAAGCAAGGCGAGACCGAUUGCCUCGACAUCUGGUGUGAGAGCCUCGACCCGCACAUCGCGGAAAAUCUAGCAAUCAGCCGACAGAUAAAGGAGGACGAUGCAACGGCGCAGGAGGCAGAGGAGGAGGCGAACGAGCUGCUUGAUCUCCUUAGACCAUCGCGGAAGUGCGGGUUUGGGUUCGACGUGUACGAAAAGUGGAGCAAACUCCCGCAGGACGAUAUCAGUCUCUGGACGCUACAACCCGCAGAAGCGUUGGAUGCAACAGAGACGCCAUAA